CCAAAACAGAACACUGCUACAUUUUCUUCUUUGCAUUUCACUUGAAACUCUCCGGAAUCGUGAAUUCUAUACGUAUCUGAUUCUCUGAUUCCAGGAAAUCUCUGAUCAAAUUCGCCCGCUGAGACGCCGCGAAUGGCCAUGGCGAGGGCGAGCUCUGGGCUCGCGUACCCCCAGCGAUUCUUUGCCGCGGCGUCCUACGCCGGUUUCGACGGAUCUCCGCAUUCUUCCACCAAGGACAUCGAGGCCAAGUUCAAACCAGAUGUCGCUUUGAUCCUCUACGCUUUGUACAAGCAGGCCAUUGUAGGACCUUGUAAUGCUCCAAAGCCCAGUUCUUGGAGUCGUGUUGAACAGAGCAAAUGGCAAAGCUGGAAGGAACUAGCGAACAUGGCUUCUACUGAAGCUAUGCGUCUCUUUGUGAAACUAUUGGAGAUUCUAGAUUUGAAAGGUUGGACUUGGUCAAAGGUUGAUGUUAAGGCUGAGCCUGUAUCAUCUGAAUCAUCUGAAUCAUCCUCACCGGUAGCUGUAGCCCCAUGUGCUGGUCAUUCCUUGAUACCAUGGGAAAACAAGCUUCUCUCAGUUGCUGGCCAUACAAAGGUUGCUUCUGAAACUAUCCGGGUGAAGGCAUUUGAUCUGCAGACUGGUACUUGGUCAAACUUCAAGACGUACGGCCAGUCACCGGUAUCGCGCGGAGGUCAAUCUGUGACCCUUGUGGGAACAAGUUUGGUGAUAUUUGGGGGACAAGAUGCAAAGCGGACACUCUUGAGUGAUCUACAUAUACUUGACUUAGAGACCAUGACAUGGGAUGAAGUUGAUGCUGUAGGUGUGCCUCCUUCAGCUAGAUCUGAUCAUGCUGCUGCUGUACACGUGGACCGUUACCUUGUUAUUUUUGGUGGGGGGUCGCAUGCUACUUGUUUCAAUGACUUGCAUGUCCUCGAUUUGCAAGCUAUGGAAUGGUCAAGACCCACACAACAAGGUGAAAUCCCAACUCCAAGAGCAGGGCAUGCAAGUGUGACAAUUGGGGAGAAUUGGUUUAUUGUUGGUGGCGGUGACAACAAGAGUGGUGCGUCAGAAACUGUUGUUCUCAACAUGUCUACACUUACGUGGUCCGUUGUGACAUCAGUUCAAGGACGCGUUCCACUUGCCAGUGAGGUACUCUACAGGGAUGCUUGCUAGCUUUACUAUGAUAGUUCAUCUGAUUCUGUUUACAGUGUGUAAAUUACGAUUUCUGCCCUAUAUAUGUAUUAAGUGUAAAAAGUUUGUAACUCUGUUUCUUACAAGUAGACAAAUUUUUGUUAAUACUUUUUCAUAUUAUAGAAAAUUAACUCAUUUUAAUAAUGUUAAAGAUUGUUUUCAAUGCCCGACUUGCUAUAGCUGUGGGUUACUGUUAAUAUAUUAGUUAUAGUGCC